AUGAUGGCAGAAGAAAUCAUUACGGACAAAACAAUCAGCCCUGUUUUCCAGGGAGGCAUUAACCCUGGAGGUUGGGUCGAUUUUCGGGCCUAUGAAAUCAAACAAGAAUUAGCAAGGGUAGGUAGGCCUGCUGAACUUUUAGGUUUUUUCUUGUUGUUCCCAGCUGUCUGCAAAAUCAUGAAUAUUCGGGAACUUGCGAACUUGCAGAAGUGCAUUAACGCUCGAAACAAUUUAUGGAGAUCAGGCUAGCGAUAUUAAUGUCCUUAUUCAGUUCUGUGUGUAGUCUGAAAUGUCAUAUAUUAAUGUACAGGUUAGGAGGUUGAGACUUUUCAUUUCCCCUCCCGCCCCUCCAAAGCAACUUUUUAUUCCUUUUGAUGCCGUAGCAGUGUUAAAAGUAGCCAAAUAUAAUCAAAGAACCUUAAACUGCUUAUAGAGCUUCUACUCUAAUUAUUGAUGACUUUGUGCCUACUUAAUUUCACUGAUUCACUUUUGAACAUGGAUCAAAGACCCCGCCCCCUCCCCCUCGUGAAGAAGAGUCAGAAUUUCUUGCCCCACCCCCACCUCACUACAUAAUAUGAUAUCAAAAAGCCUUUGAAAAACCGCGUUCGAUGUGUUCUUUUCAAGCGAUGCUUUUGAUAUCAUUUUUUUUUACGUCCCAAGAAUAUAAACGUCAGUUUUCUUCUAAUUAAUUAUAGCCACUGUGAGCAAGCUCUCCUUGAGGGUGCUCUGGCAGCGGGGAGAAAAAGGAAGUUAAGGAGUGCAUGCAACUACAUAGAUCUCUGGAAUUUCAAUUUCCCGUCCAAUUCCAUAAUUGACUGAGCUGUCAGAUUUCCACCAAUCAGCACAAAGUGGAAAGCGCGAAUGAAAAAAAAAUGGAAAAACACGUGCUGAGGGUAAUGACAUCAUUACUAUUGUCGUCUCUGCCAAUCAGUAUUUUGUUUUGCCUUUUUUGAUGUAAAUAUUAAAAUUCUAGAGACUAGUUGCAAGUUCUCCUUCCUUUUCCCGCCCUGCUGCCAGAAUGCCCUGGAGAGCUAAUGCUCUCAGGCUUAAUCAAAUUAAUAUCAUUUAAUGUGUGAUUAAGAGAAAAGGUUCAAGAAUUACUAAAACUUGUGGAAUCAACUGUUGCAGCCAAUUACAUUCCUACAAGAGCUUAAUUGGGUGUGUUACUGUUACUGGUUGCUGUUGGUCCAUUUAUAAUAAUGUCAGCUGAUCACACAGGAAAAUAAUCCACCACUAGCUGUGUCAGUCUGCUUGGUAAUACAAUAAUACACUCUGCGGUACUUUUAUUUUAAAGGGGGAACAAAAACCUUUCAAAGAAGUUGUAAGAUACUUUGGAGAUCCUCAUGCAUUUGGACAGAAACCCAUCACAUCAUUGAGACAGGUGCAGUGAUUGACAACCUAAUAUCAUUAAUCAGUGUUGGAAAACUGUAAUAUUUCCAUUAUUCAAAAAUUCUAUAUUUGACACUUGAAUAAAGUUCUAUAUUUCUUACAUAUAGUUAUUCUUACCACUCAGAUUACACAAUUUCAACUAAAGUCAUUUCAGCAAAUCGAUCAGCACCGUAUUAAAAAACCUAAUUAGUUCAAACAACUUUGGGCAGGGUUUGAUGUAGGUGACCCCGAGAACAAAGGAAGCUACCAUCUCUCUAUAUAUAAGUCUCUGUGAGGUUUCCAUCAGGUUACCAUAGGGUUAACUGUUCAUGAAUACCUUUUAACUCCAGCAUUAAAUUCGCACCCCGGCAACAUUUGUGGAAUUUGACUAUACUCUCACUACAGCUUCAACUUUGUCUCCACAUUAAUCUGUAUUUGUAACUUUCAUAUUUCUCAUUUGAUAAUUCAAUUUUUUCUGACAUCCCCUGACAACAUUUUUCAUGAGUAUUGUUUUCAAUGUCUCAAACUUAUGCAAAUUUUGUGGAGAAUGUGAAAGUCUAAAGGAAUUUUUUUCACCUUUUUUGACAGUUUCUGUCAUGUGUCAUAUGUCCAACUUUACUUGAAGAUUCGGACUACCCGAAGGACAUACAUGAAAAGGUGAACAGGAUUCUCAAUGCCAAAGCAGGCCAUGUUAUAAGUAAGUAUCAUUGUUUUUCACAUCACUUAAAAAGAAGGUAGCUUAGUAUUUUAAGUGAUAGGGUAGGAGUGAAAAAAAUUGGACAAGUUUAGGUUUUAAGCACCAUGGAAAGAGGUUUCAUCAACCUCAUUCCCAGCUUCUGGGUAGGAGAGAACCCUGGGAACGUAGGUUGAGGUUCCAUUUGAAUGGUCAUAUUGGAGGAUUUCAUUCACAAACUCAUAAGCUAGAACACCUUCUCUCAGGCUACCCUAAUGGCUGAAGAAAACUGUCAUGAAUGAAUCUCCACCAGUUAAGCAUCAGUAACAUCAUCAUCAUCAUCACCAUCACCAUCAUCAUCAUCAUCAUUAAUAAUUAUCAACAGCUACCGUCCUGUCAAGCCCUUUCCUUGUCGCCACUUCUUACCAAGCUUUUGGAGGCAGUGUGGCCUAGCAGUAUACAGUUGAACCUCUCCAAAGCAGCCACCUUGGGAACAGAAGAAAGUGGCCGUUGUAGAGAGGUUUAAACAGGAGUCAAUGUACAGAUGGUCUUCUACACAGCCAUUUUUAGUGUUGUCACGCAACGCUUCACGGCUGUGUAGCAGACUAAUGUAUAGACUGUCCGCCAAAAAAAGUGGUUGUUGUUUAGAGGUGGCCGUUAGUAGAGGUUUGACUGGAAGAAUGCUGAAAUUGUAAUCUUAAGGUUCCCCGAGUUCAAGCCCUGCCUUUAAACCCCUAGCUGGAUUUGUUCUUGGUAAUUUUGAGUUCAAUUCCUCAUCUAGUAAGCUGGUUUGCCUCCGGCCAUUCAGAAUCUUAUCCUUGUGGGUGACAAUAAAAACUACCAGUUUACCAGUUAUUGUGUUACCCCCAUACAGUCUGUUUUUUGUAAACCCCACUCGAGACCCCUACAAAAUCCAGUCCUGGGUUACUCUUUUCGUAAGUCAAACCCUUUCUCUUCUCCUAAUUUUGCCUAACUCAUUCUCCACUUUGACCACCCCUUGAUCAAAAUUUUCCUCAUAUCCCUCAGUACAACAUUCCAUCCCCUACUUAAAAUCCCCCCCCCCACAAACCCCUUUCAAUCCACCCUCCACCCCUUAGAACAGUCAUAGUUGUAAAGCCCUUGCUUGUUCCAUCCCCCUUUUAAAAACCCAUCUUCCACACUCUCGCCAAGUUACUCUUGUAGAAAAAUUAUUCUUACUGUAUGGUAUUUCUAGGUUCAUAUACAGACCCUCUUGGACUAAGGAUUGUUCGUGAAGAUGUUGCCCAGUUUAUUUCUGAAAGAGAUGGUUAUCCUGCCGACCCAGAAGAUAUAAUUCUAACAAAUGGAGGAGCACAUGGAAUUCAGGUGUUCAUGAGUAUUUUCUAAUUUUUUUUAGGGUUAUCCAUGGUCAGAAAUACUUUUAUAAAGGUAAAAGGAAGUUUGGAGACAUAACUAAUUUCUUUCUUUUAUGGUAUUUACUAUUAGCACUUAUAACAGUUUUUAGGUUAAAACCGCUUCCCAUUUUAGCCUAUUCCAGGCUCUGAGAUAGUGGGGUCCACGAAAUUGAGAAGGCACAAACAUGAAUAUAAUAACAGGGAGAAACUCAUCACGUGCUUAGUUUCGUGAGCCUUAGUGACUUUAAGAUCCAAGGACGCGACGGCAAUGAGAACGUCGGUUAAAAAGUGAAUUUGCGUUCUUUCUGUUUUUAUCGAAAUUAUUCCUACACCCUUUACUUUGUCAAAUGUAGGCAAGCCCUCCUGGAGUUGAAUUCCUAAGGACCAUAUCCAAGUGCAGAAAGAGAAAAUUCCGUCGUUGCUUGUUUACGUACUCCAUAAAACGCGAAGUUAGGCAUGUUCACGUCGUAGUCGUGCAAAAACGGGCAAAAAAAUGUACCAAAAAAGUUUGGUGCACGUGCAAAGUUGUUGUUUUGCUAAUAAAACCUAUUGUUGUUUUGACGUUCUCGUUGCCGUCCGUGUCGUUGGAUCUUAAAGUCCCUAGUGUGUUCGACGAAGGAGAACGCAAUCCUUUAUCAGCUUUCCUGUAGCUUUUUUACAGACAGGAGAGAACAGGUAUCUGUUAUGUCAGUCUGUCCUUCUCUCCUUUUUUUUAUGGGGCUUUUUUGGUCUGGGGGGUCUUGAGUACUCUGUCCUCAGCCAAAUGUACAGUACAUGUACAAUGUGCGCCCAGGUAGAACGCUUCUCAUCAGUAGUCUAUGCAUGGACUACAUCGCUCACUGAAUACAGGGUGGUAAAUAUAACAUAGACAUUUUCACGCGCGCUUUCAGGUUGGCAUGCAGGCACUAGACGCCAGUUCAGACAGUAGAAAUAAAAGGACAGGAAUUCUGAUUCCUAUUCCCGUGUUUCCUCACUACCUGUCAAGAAUCAUGGAAUACAACUUCCACCAGGUAAUUUAAUGUAGUAAUAAAACUGAGUGUCUUGAAUACAGACCUUGUAGUUUGGCUAUUAAAUGUUACAUUUUAAUUUUGUAGCAAUUUUCAGGUUAUCUGUCAGGUUUUUUCCGCGCUAUUGAGGUGUUAGCCCAUGUGUAUAAAUGUACUAGCCUACCACGCACAGUCUGAGUGUUCGUAUUUCCUCCCUCAUCCCCUAAGAAAGCCUGCGAGGGAGGCUAUAUGUGUACUGGCACACUGCUAACAGAUUGCUUUGGAAAUUUUAUAUAUUCUUUUGUGAUGGCUACUACUUCUUGAGAGUAUAGCAUAGCCAUUUUGUCGUGGUGUAUGUAAGAUUGAGUACAAGUAGCCCUAAAUCUUCGGAUAUUUUCCGUAACCGCCCGAUGGGGCUUCGAUCGACACCGACGCUUCUUUUCUUUUGUGUAGAUUCCUUACUAUUUGGACGAAGAUCACGACUGGUGUUUGGAUAUCGGAGAACUGAAGAGGGCGUUAGACAAGGCCAGGCCAUAUUGCACUCCGAGGGCUCUUGUACUGAUUAAUCCUGGAAAUCCCACAAGUAAGACGUGAUAACAUGGAGAAUGAGUCAUUGAGAGUCAAGUUAGGCGAAGAAGUCAGAUCCGGAUUUAGCACUGACAAUUGUAGUCGGACUAGGGCUAGUUUAGUCGGUAGAGCGCUUAACUGCGAGGAGGUCGAGGGUUCUGUUCCUGUGACCGGGGCACUACUCAGGGACUUAAAAUAACUGAGAAGUGAAGGUACAGCUUUUGCCCUGCACGCGGCUAGACCUUCGCGUGGCUCGGAUGACCAGAUAAAUUGGCGGUCCCGUCUUCAGUCAGAGACAUAAAAUAGCGUCCUUAACUAUUCCUUUCGUGCUAAAUACAUUGACAUUUAAGUGAAUAAAGUGCCUUUAGUUAUAUGUCUAGUAUAUCUACAGUAUGCAUGUGUUUUUUAAAACCAGUUACUAGCGGCAAAUCCGAGAGAUAUUAUUUUAACAUGCUUUUUAUUCAAAGUGUCGAGGUAACGAGGUUGUAGUCCCCUUUUCUCGCAUUCAGGUCAGACAUUUUGAGGUUCACACCUUUUAGCUGAAAAAGGUGAGAAAUCUUUAAGUUAGAAUUGGAAAUUAUAUUUUUGUUCUGUUUUGACAGGCCAGGUCUUGACGUACGACAACAUUAGGGAAGUUAUCAAGUUUUGCGCUCGAGAAAAACUUGUAUUAUUUGCCGAUGAAGUGUAUCAAGAAACCGUUUUUACCGACGAGGUCCAGUUCCACUCGUGCAGGAAGGUCUUGAGGGACCUGGGUCCCGAAUACAACAAGUUCCAACUGAUGUCGAUAAAUUCAGUCUCCAAAGGAUUUUACGGCGAGUAUGUACAUAAUGUUUGAGAUAACAGUAUCAAACCAAACAACUGUACUGUAAAAAAAAUAGUUUUGAAGGGCUAUCUCAACAACCCGCCAGAAAGAGAGCCUUCAUUUUGAUUCGUCGCAAGGCCGGGCUGAUCCAGGCCUUUUCUGAUUGAGGGAUGUCCAACCUCUGCACAUCAAUCAUUUCCACCUUUCCUCGCCAUUAAACGUUGGUUAUACUUCGUAGAUCCUUGCUGCCAUUAAACCUGUACAUAUACCCUAAAAUUCCGAAAAUAAGCCCCUUCAUGUAUAGGCCCCCCAAACUAGUAACGCAAAAAACCCUCCGUUAAAUCGCCCCUCCAAAUAUAAGCCCCCCGUGGGACUUGUGCUUAGAAAUUGCCCUAAAUACAAACUAAAACAAAGCGGAAACGGCAAAUUUCCUUCAUUUAUAAGGCUAGGCCAAUCGACUUUGAAACGCAAAUCUCCCUCCGUAGAUAAGCCCCUCCGAAUAUAAGCCCCUCCAAAAAUAAGCCCCUCAAAAUGGGCCUUUGAAAAUAAUAAGCCCCGGGGCUUAUUUUCGGAAUUUUACGGUAUGUGAGAUUCUUCUCAUAAAGGACCCAGCUUUAAAAAGUUCUUCUCCUGAUUCAGUCCAGAUUCAGUCGAUUUGGAAACGACCUAUGAUUGUAAUGCAAUGAAAAACCCAGUUUCAUGGAAGUUGUGUGCGAAUCUUCAAAGUAGCUCAGUAGUAAAACUAUUAAGAAAUAAUCUGGUCUCACGGAUAUAUUAAGGGCGGGUCGGGAUUCGUCACUAUGUAAGUCUAGGUUAGCCGAUAAAUCUUAGCAUUUUGGAUGGUCGCUUAGAGGCAUUGUUUUGACUGUAUUUAGUUUAAUCUCUUUACUAGAUGUGGUGUGAGGGGUGCUUACAUGGAAUUAGUAGGGUUCAGCAAAGAAGUCAAGGUGCAGUUUAGAGACGUACUCUCUCCCAAUGUUUCUCCAACGACGAUUGGACAGGUAUUACUAGCCUUCUCGGUCAAUGCGUUUCAGUGGCGUAUCAAAGACGAUCAGUGGAAAGAACCCACAAACUCGCUCUCACCACGAGACCCGAAAUGCGUCGGCCAGCGAAAUAAUGGGACUUUGAGACUAGCCAUGGCACGAUCGUUUUAAUUCAGCUAAGUCCACGUUUAGACGCAUGCGCACGAUUGCACUUUCAAUGGUAAUUUUGAGCACUGCGACAGGGUUCGAACUCAAAAGACAUCAAGGUGCCCGUGCCUGAGCCCAUGAGUUUUUCGAAAGGUGGAUAAUGUUAUCUACCGGAUAAAUCUCUAUCCACUCGAUAACGCAAUUGGUUUCCCCAAUACUUAUCCGCUGAAGAGCGAUUUAUCCAGUGGUGAGUGCAAUCCCAACAUUUAAACCACCGGAGCCUGUUGGUUACUUCAACUACGUUGACAGUUAUUUUGCUUUAAUACUAAAAAAAUCUCUGAGUCGUGGACAUUCACUGUAUAAUUAUAUAAUUAUUUAUUUGUUUAUAUAAUUUAUUUCAUUUUUACGAGGCUGCUGUGAGUGCAAUGUGCAAUCCGCCAAGGACUGGUGACGAAUCCUACGAGACUUUCAUCAAGGUAAAAUGUAACCCUGCUUCGCGCUGUUGUACAGCAGCUCUUCAUGUAACUUUUUUCUACUCAGUGACAGUUGUACACGUUAACGCGACGACGGGAUUUUUUUUAUCCUUUCCUUAUGUCCUGCAGGAGAAGACAGCCAUUUUAGAAUCUUAUAGAAGGAAAGCCAAAAUUACCACAUCAAUGUUGAAUUCUCUUGAAGGAAUCUCGUGCAGUGACGUAACUGGUGCGUUGUAUGCCUUCGCAAAAAUUGAACUUCCACAAAAAGCCAUUGAAGAGGCUAAGGCGAGUACCUUUAAUAGCCUGUAAUAGUAAUUAACCAAAAGGAGAAAAUCUGAUUCACCGACGGCGGGGAUUCGAGCUCAUCCCCAAAUACCGGCUGUGCGCUAUAAACUCUGAGCUUCCAAGGAAUUGUGAUGUUUAAGGCCCAAUAACAGUUUCUCCGUAAAUCGGAGAUUCACUCUCCUUUUUUUUUUUUGGAAGGUUAAGCUUAGGCAACAACUCCCAAAAAAGUUGGGAGUUGUUGGCUAACAAUGUUGCGUCCGUUUGCAUGGGCCGGUUUCAAACUUUGCGCAACAACUCCCAACAACACGCAACAUACAACAGGGUGUGCCAACGGACGCAAAAUGUAACGUCCAACAAUAAUGCUUCCGUUUGCACGCACCUUUAGAGGUUCAUAUUGCUGCAGGCGCCGGACACUCGGAGUUUUUUUUUCCAACGUUCGUGACAAUACGAAAUGUGACACCUUUUUCAUUUAUUCACCGAGCUUAACAUCUCUUUCGUUGUUUUGCUGCUUUUUCUCAGCUUAAAAAUUGUACACCAGACGAGUUCUACACCUGGCAAUUGCUAGAAGCGACUGGUUUACUCCCUAUUCCCGGAAGCAACUUUGGGCAAAAAGAGGGAACAUAUCAUGUCAGGUUAGAACAGUUCUCAUUUACCUUACGCGGCCUAAAAUAAGGGCCAGCCAAGGGACAACGCCCAUUCAGUAAUGGGAACAGAGAACUGCACUGGUUAAGUACCUGUCAGAGAUUACUUAAUAGCUUCAGCAUAUUUUUCCUUAAGAGACUCAAAAUCGAGUGCCUCCUUGUACCUUAAAUGCAAAACAAUCUAACGUGACCGUUAUUUCGCUCGAAUAACGAGAACGCUUGCUAAUCUGGUGGUUUUCCCGUGUGAAUGCUUUCAAAAAACAUCCACCAAAUUAGCCCGGGUACUAUCUGCUUUGGGUCGAAGUUAAAGUUUAUUGAACGAGACCAUCGCCCGUACUCUCUCUGUCCACAUUAGACCUCACCCUUACAACAUCAAUAGACACAGUGGAACUGAGAUUUCGUUAGAACAUAGUUAGUAGGGGGGUCCCCUCUACUAACUAUGGUUAGAAACGAGGAUGCUUGCAGCAGCUGAUUGGUACCACUGCAGAAGGCAACAGAUUUUUACACGAAUAAUGGCAUAAAAAAUGCUAAGGAUCUAAACCCACCAACUAUGAGUAAGGUUCUUAACUCAGGCACGUUCAAUAUAUUAAAAUUCUAGCGUGACUCCGAGGCUUUCUAUGGUCAUUUUUCUAUAUUUGGUUUGGUUUUCUUUGUGCUCAAGUCUCUUCUGGGAAUUGCGAGACAAUGGAGUCGUGAAAACUUUGCAAUUUUGACCCUAAAGCCUCGGAGUCGUGUUAGAAUGUUAAUUUAUCGAACGUGGGCUAAUUGACAUAUCAAGGUAAUAAUAUAAUCCUCGUUUGUUUUGUUUACUACAGAUUUACUAUUCUACCUUCUGAAGAUAAAGUAGUUUCUAUGUUCAACAGGAUAAGCACGUUUCACAAGGAAUUCAUGGACAAAUACAGAUGACGACAAGCAGAACAUAUUUAUCCAAACUUCUACAUUUAAUUAUAUGUUGUAGCUA